UUGACAGAAUGAGGUAUGCUGGGGAAGCCACCAGCUGGAACUUAGCCUUUCCUGACUGCCCCUGCAUUUCACAGUCGGCCCCAGACCACUGAGGCAACAAUGGCUGAGAAGGGCGACUGCAUUGCCAGUGUCUACGGGUAUGACCUUGGUGGGCGCUUCGUUGACUUCCAACCCCUAGGCUUCGGGGUUAACGGGCUGGUGCUGUCGGCUACAGACAGCAGGGCUUGCCGGAAGGUAGCCGUGAAGAAGAUCGUUCUGAGUGAUGCCCGGAGCAUGAAGCACGCGCUCCGGGAGAUCAAAAUCAUCCGGCGCCUGGACCACGACAACAUUGUCAAAGUGUACGAGGUACUAGGACCCAAGGGUAGCGAUCUGCAGGGCGAGCUCUUCAAGUUCAGCGUGGCCUAUAUCGUCCAAGAGUACAUGGAGACCGACCUGGCGUGCCUGCUAGAGCAGGGUACCCUGACUGAGGAGCACGCCAAGCUCUUCAUGUACCAGCUACUCCGCGGGCUCAAGUACAUCCACUCCGCCAACGUGCUGCACCGGGACCUGAAGCCCGCCAACAUUUUCAUCAGCACGGAGGAUCUUGUGCUGAAGAUUGGGGAUUUCGGGUUGGCAAGAAUCGUGGACCAGCAUUAUUCACACAAGGGUUAUCUGUCGGAAGGGCUGGUGACAAAGUGGUACCGCUCUCCACGACUGCUCCUGUCCCCGAACAACUACACAAAAGCCAUCGAUAUGUGGGCAGCUGGCUGCAUCCUGGCAGAGAUGCUCACGGGGAAAAUGCUCUUCGCUGGGGCUCACGAGCUGGAGCAGAUGCAACUCAUCCUGGACACCAUCCCCGUGGUCCGGGAGGAAGACAGGGAGGAGCUGCUCAGGGUGAUGCCGUCCUUCGUCAGCAGCACCUGGGAGGUGAAGAGGCCGCUGCGCAAGCUGCUCCCGGAAGUCAACAGCGAAGCCAUUGACUUUCUGGAGAAGAUCCUGACCUUUAACCCCAUGGACCGCUUGACAGCUGAGAUGGGGCUCCAGCAUCCUUACAUGAGCCCGUAUUCGUGCCCCGAGGACGAGCCUACCUCACAGCACCCCUUCCGCAUCGAAGAUGAGAUCGAUGACAUAGUACUGAUGGCUGCCAGUCAGAGCCAGCUCUCCAACUGGGACAGGUGCGGAUCACAGUAUCCUGUGAGCCUGUCGUCAGAUCUGGAGUGGCGGCCUGACCGGUGCCAGGAUGCUAGCGAGGUGCAGCGCGACCCACGCGCAGGCUCCACACCGCUGGCGGAGGAUGUUCAAGUGGACCCACGCAAGGACUCACAGAGCAGCUCCGAGCGCUUCCUGGAGCAGUCACACUCGUCCAUGGAGCGCGCCUUUGAGGCCGACUAUGGACGGUCCUGUGACUACAAAGUGGGCUCUCCGUCCUACCUGGAUAAGCUACUGUGGCGUGACAACAAGCCCCACCACUACUCAGAACCCAAGCUCAUCCUGGACCUGUCACACUGGAAGCAGGCGGCCAGCGCACCCCCCAGGGCUGCAGUAGCAGCGGACUCGGUGUCCCGUGAGGAUGAACCAGCAAGCCUCUUUCUGGAGAUUGCGCAGUGGGUCAAGAGCACACAAAGUGGCCCCGAGCGUGCCAGUCCUCCGCCUGAUGCCCCAGAGCCCCGUCUCUCUGCCUCACCCCCGGGACACCCGACACCCAUCGAUGGGGGUGCCAGUCCCCAGUUCGACUUAGACGUGUUCAUCUCGCGUGCCCUAAAGCUCUGCACCAAACCUGAGGACCUACCGGAAAACAAACUGGGCGACCUGAAUGGUGCAUGCAUCUCCGAGCACCCUGGCGACCUCGUGCAGACAGAGGCCUUCUCCAAAGAAAGGUGGUGAGCACAGAUGGGGUGCGGGCGAACACCCGGAGCAAGACCCCACCCAGAAAGCUGGACCCUCUCUGCUGCAUUGAGGUUAGCAGAACGGACGCGGAUCUGGGGAGCAAGACGAAUGUCCAUUUCUUAAACUGCCUUAAUAACUAGCCUUUAACC